AAGCGGGCGUGUGGAAGUAUCGCGGUGUUAAAAUUUGAACUUCUCCGCGGGUUCCGCCAGACAAUGGCGGCGUCAUCCCGGCGACCAGAGAGCCGGCUGUUCCGGACUUAUGGGGCUGCUGGCGGCGGGCGACCGCGGCGGCGACGGUCGGGCCGGACAGCCGCACAGUGGUUCCAGCCACAAGACCAGGAGCAUUUGUUCGGCAGCAGCAGCGACGUCAGCAGCGGCUCCUCGCAGUGUGUUGCUUCCGACGAUCCUGACGACCCUGACUUCCCCGGCAGCCCUGUCAGCCGACGGCAGAAGCGUCCUGGCAGCAGAGACGCCAUGGACUGGCCAGCGCUGACCGCGACUCCGAGACACCUAAGGCUGCGACCUCGGCCGCCACAAAAGUGCAGCACCCCUUGCGACCUGCUCCGACCACUGCCUUUCUCCAGCAACCACCUGGACCACCUCAGGCCGGACCUUAGCGUGUGCAGCCAGCUCAGGGACGGCGACGAGCCGGGCACCAGUGCCUCCCUGUUCAGCGUUUCGGCCUCGACCGACCUUCUGUCGCCCGAGCCAGGAGGGAGAAUCAUCUCAAUCAGCUCCUUUGCCGCCCCAGAUGCAGCCUCUCCUGUCACGAGCGGUUCCCCCAUCCCGGCAGCCUCACAGGGCCAAGCAUCACUGUCCUACUCCCAGGAAACAUCAAGAACAGGCGGGUUCAACAAGAUGAUCCGCCGAGCCCGUGCCAGCCUCAGGUCAGCUCUCUUUAGCCUCAUGAAUUCAGGAAACUCUGAGGAUUCUGAAUUGGGGCCAAAUGGGGAAAAUAUGAAGGAGUCCCGUUGUGAAAGACAACUGACAAGAAAUAGGCGGGAGAGCUUAGAUCUAAGAAGCAGAGGUAAGAAGAGAACCAGAGACCAGGGCGCUUUUCAGAAGCUGGGGUGUCAGGGAGCCAUCCAGAAAGACUGCGAGGAGGCCAGUGGUUCCAGGGACUUAGUUGUACCUGAGAAAAUCACCAGGCCUAAGAGAACUGGGCUAAGCCAGAAAAGGAAACAUCAAGAAGUGGACACCUCACCCUUCCAUUACCACCAGUUUAAAAAGGGCCAGAAGACUGGGAAGGAUUUAUGCCUGUCUCAGGACCUGACUCCUCAGAAGGCUUGUUCUUGGGUUAAAACCAAGGCCUCCUUCAGUUUUCACAAGAAAAAAGUUGUGACAGACAUGUCAGAGGUGGGCAGCAGCUAUACCAUUGCCAAUUCUCUCUGUGGGUCCCUCAUAUCAGAAAAUCUAAGCUGUUCUGCCAUGAACAGAACAAAUAGUGCUCUGGACCCUCGGCACUCCUCUUCUAUGUAUUUGCUAAGCCCCCUAAGGAGUUUACUUGUUGCAGAAAAAAUGGCAUCUGAUGCUGAAAAGGUCUAUGGGGAAUGCAAUCAGGGAGGUCCUGUCCCCUUUAGUUACUGCCUUUGUGAGGAAAAACUGAAACGUUGUGAGAAGAUUGGAGAAGGGGUUUUUGGUGAAGUGUUUCAAACAGUUACUGAUAACACACCUGUAGCUCUAAAAAUCAUUGCUAUUGAAGGAGCGGGUUUAGUGAAUGGAUCCCAUCAGAAAACUUUCAAGGAAAUCUUACCAGAGAUUAUCAUCUCCAAAGAGUUGAGCCUCUUAUCUAAUGGGGUGUCCAAUCGUACAGAAGGCUUUAUUGGGCUGAACUCAGUACAUUGUGUUCAAGGUUCUUACCCUCCCUUGCUGCUUAAAGCUUGGGAUCAUUAUAACUCAACCAAAGGGUCUGCAAAUGACCGGCCUGACUUUUUUGAGGAAGACCAACUCUUUAUUAUACUGGAAUUUGAGUUUGGUGGAAUUGACUUAGAGAAAAUGCAAAGGAAGUUGUCCUCUGUAGUUAACGCAAAGAGCAUUCUACACCAGAUCACAGCAUCACUUGCAGUAGCAGAGUCAUCACUUCGCUUUGAGCACCGAGACUUACACUGGGGCAAUGUGCUCCUAAAGAAAACCAACCUGAAAGAGCUCCACUACACCCUCAAUGGGAAGACCAACACAAUCCCUACCUGUGGACUGCAAGUCAACAUCAUUGACUACACCCUGUCACGGCUGGAGCGGGAUGGGGUUGUAGUUUUCUGUGACAUUUCUGCGGAUGAGGACCUAUUUACAGGUAAAGGUGACUACCAAUUUGAGAUCUAUAGGCUCAUGAGGAAAGAGAACAACAACUGCUGGUGUGAAUAUCACCCUUAUAAUAAUGUGCUCUGGCUACAUUACCUCACAGACAAGAUCCUGAAUACCAUGACCUUUAAGAACAAAUGUAACACCCCUGCCUUAAAGCAAAUGAGGAGAAAGAUCCAGUAUUUCUAUAAAACAGUGCUUAACUUCAGCUCUGCCACUGACCUGCUCUGCCAACACAGUCUAUUUCAGUAAGCAAAAAUAUGUCUUACUGCCCCAAAGUCAGAGGGCGCUGAUUUUGAAGCCUCCAGUAUUGUUUUUAGUCUCCAUCCCCAGACCAAAGUGGAGGUAGAAUUUCCAUUCUUAUAUUUUCAACCAGCUUUUCAAACAAUUUUGUUUUCAAAUGGGAAAAAUGUUUGUUGAAAUGAUUAAAUGUGCUGUUAACAAAUGCUCUUAAAUAAAUUACAUCUAUGGAGGACUUCUCUAAAUUGCUCUGCAUU